UCUCCGCUCCUGUCUGCCUUGCUUGCUUCCCUCCUCCUCUACCCACCUCACAAACUCACCCCCCCCCCCCCCCCCCUCCCUCCCUCUCUCUCCCACGAAGGCUACAGGUCCGUAUGCUGCCGCAGAUUCCCCACUUUUCGCGAGCAACGUCCGUAAGUUCCAUGGCCGUUCUCCUCCUUUCUUCUAAGUUCUGGUAGUUGGGACUUGGGAGUGCCGAGUUCAUAGUAGUCGUGAUUGCAGAAUGAUCUAUCAUUAUCCCAAGUCAGGUGAGCGUAUGAACUUUUCUGAUAUGUAAGGAAAUAAGUAUCAUCUACAGAGUGUGGCGCUCUGAGUUCUUGGAUUCAGUAUAUGUUGACAGCUUCUUGAAAUUGGUCUUGUCGGUCCAUCAUUUAUUGCUGGAUCGGAGAAUUCUGAGUGUUCAUGUUCUUUCUGCCUCUUGGCCCUUACCAAGCUGGUUUUACAUCUGAUGGGCUGCUCACCUUCGAAGUGUUGUUUUUGUUCACAUUUUAAGGGAUGUUUGCGUUCCCACGGGUGUUUUAAUCAAACACCUGACUCCCGAAGAGAGUCAAGGGGAAAAUCAAGUUGGGGAAGGGCAAAGAUAGAUUCUAGUGCUUCAGAUGGCUCUUCUGAUGAUCUAGAGGGAGAUGAUGGAUUCGGCCAAAUGAACAUUACAAGGGAAUCAAAUGUUGGUAUUAAUCGUCUCUCAAGGGUCUCUUCACAGUUUCUUCCUCCAGAAGGUUCGCGCAAAGUUCGAGUCCCGUUGGGAAACUAUGACCUGAGAUACUCCUAUUUGUCUCAGAGAGGUUACUACCCAGAGUCAUUGGACAAACCAAACCAAGAUAGCUUCUGCAUACACACUCCAUUUGGAACAAGCCCUGAUGACCACUUCUUUGGUGUAUUUGAUGGUCAUGGGGAAUAUGGAGCUCAGUGCUCGCAGUUCGUGAAACGAAGAUUGUGUGAAAACUUGCUCCGGGAUAGCCGGUUUCGUACUGAUGCUGUUCAGGCUCUUCAUUCUGCUUUCUUGGCAACAAAUUCUCAGCUCCAUGCGGACAGCUUGGAUGAUUCCAUGAGUGGUACUACCGCGAUCACUAUACUGGUGAGGGGCAAAACAUUGUACAUUGCAAAUACAGGCGAUUCACGUGCUCUUAUUGCUGAGAAAAGAGGAGAGUAUAUUAUUGCUGUUGACCUGUCCAUAGAUCAAACUCCUUACCGGACCGAUGAGGUCGAAAGGGUCAAGGAGUGUGGUGCCAGGGUUCUGACAUUGGAUCAAAUAGAAGGACUAAAGAAUCCAGAUGUUCAGUGUUGGGGCAACGAGGAAAGUGACGAUGGCGAUCCUCCAAGGUUGUGGGUGGAAAAUGGCAUGUAUCCGGGAACUGCUUUUACUCGUAGUAUUGGAGAUUCUGUUGCUGAAUCAAUUGGCGUCGUUGCAAAUCCUGAAAUUUUUAUCCUGGAGCUCAGUGCCAGCCAUCCAUUCUUCGUUAUUGCUAGUGACGGAGUUUUCGAGUUUCUUUCUAGCCAAACAGUCGUAGACAUGAUUGCUAAAUACAAGGAUCCUCGUGAUGCAUGUGCUGCAAUUGUUGCUGAGUCCUAUCGUCUCUGGCUGCAGUAUGAAACUCGUACGGAUGACAUCACAAUCAUACUUGUACAUAUUAACGGGUUAACUGAUAGUGGUUCCACCCAUACCGUAUUGAAGGUGUCUUUACAACCAUCACAGCAAGUAGUAGAGCUGGUGGGCUCUGAAUCACCAUCCAUCACAAGUUUGAACCCCAAUAACCAGCGUUCCAGGCAUGAUCUAUCACGUGCACGGUUGAGAGCUAUUGAAAGUUCUCUGGAAAAUGGUCAACUAUGGACUCCUCCAUCUCCAUCACAUCGCAAGACAUGGGAAGAGCAAGCACAUAUUGAGAGGAUACUACAUGAUCAUUUCCUCUUCAGAAAGCUCACUGAUUCACAACACAAUGUUUUACUUGAUUGCAUGCAACGGGUUGAGGCAACACCCGGGGAUAUAGUGGUGCAGCAGGGUGGUGAAGGCGACUGCUUUUAUGUUGUUGGGAAUGGUGAGUUUGAAGUUCUGGCCAUGCAGGAAGAAGAUGGGAAGGAAGUGACCAAGGUCUUGCAUCGGUAUACUGCUGACAAACUAUCUUCCUUUGGAGAGCUAGCACUGAUGUAUAACAAGCCACUUCAGUCUUCGGUCCGUGCCGUGACUAAUGGAACAUUAUGGGCUCUAAAGCGGGAGGAUUUCCGGGGAAUUCUGAUGUCAGAAUUUUCAAACAUACCAUCACUGAAGUUGCUCCGAUCUGUACAACUGUUUACAAGAUUGACAGUGCUUCAGCUAAGUCAACUUGCCGACUCACUUGUUGAGGUAUCAUUUGCAGAUGGACAAGUAAUAGUAGACAAGGAUGAUGACGUCUCUUCUCUAUAUAUUAUUCAAAGAGGCCAUGUGAGACUUACAGUAGCAGCUGAUAGGUUAAAUUCAGAUUCGUGGGAUCUUCUUAGUACUCACGGAAAGCAAGUCCAACAGAGUCAAGAAAGUGGUAAUUAUGUGGUUGAGAUAGAUGAGGGAGGUCACUUUGGAGAGUGGGCUCUCAUUGGAGAGACUAUCACAUUUACUGCUAGCUCAGUUGGUGAUGUGAUCUGUUCUACUAUAGCAAAAGAGAAAUUUGAUUUAAUUGUUGGGUCCUUGCCUAAACCAUCACAGGCUGAUUCCAAGCUUAAAAGUUCUCUUAUCCCAAAGGAGAACCAGCAUUGUGCGGAUGACGAUUUGCCCUUCAGGAGGGUUCAGCUAUCUGAUUUGGAAUGGAAGGAGUGCAUAUAUGCCGCUGAUUGCAGCGAGAUCGGUCUUGUCCAAAUUAGAGGCUCUGACAAGAUGAAAAGCUUCAAAAGGUUCUACAUUAAGAGGGUAAAUGAUCUCCGUAAGGAAAAGCAGGUGUUUCAGGAGAAAGACAUGAUGAAAACUUUGAGCAAAUCAGCUUGUGUGCCAGAAGUUUUAUGUACUUGUGCGGAUCAAUCAUACCUUGGAAUACUGCUGAAUUGUUGCCUUUGUUGCUCACUGGCUUCAAUACUUAAUGCACCACUAAGUGAGUCAUCCGCACGAUUCUAUGCAGCUUCAGUUGUUGUUGCUCUAGAAGAACUUCAUCGGAGGUCUAUUCUUUACAGAGGUGUUUCAGCAGAUAUUCUUAUGCUCGACCGAUCGGGAUAUCUGCAGAUAGUUGACUUCAGGUUUGCGAAGAAGUUGGAAGGUGAAAGGACUUACACAAUAUGUGGCAUCGCUGACUCUCUACCUCCAGAGAUUGUUCUUGGCAGGGGGCAUGGGUUUACUGCUGACUGGUGGGCGCUUGGAGUAUUGAUUUAUUUCAUGCUGCAAUCAGACAUGCCAUUUGGGUCCUGGAGGGAGAGCGAGCUAGAACCUUUCGGUAAGAUUGCGAAAGGUCGCCUAAUUAUACCAUCAGCUUUCAGUGUGGAAGUUGGUGACCUUAUAACCAAGCUACUUGUGGUAGAUGAAAAUACACGCCUUGGAGCCACAGGUGCUGACGCUGUGAAGGAACAUCCCUGGUUUGAUGACAUUGACUGGAAACAAAUAGCAGAUGGCACUUCAAGAGUACCUCAAGAAAUCUCUAAUCGCAUCGACAUAUAUGUAGAAACUCUUCAGCAGGAUUUAACAGUGCCCCCUUCCAUCCUGACUGAAGAUCCUGCUGAUAUGACUACUCCAGAGUGGAUCAAAGAUUGGUAAUUUCAGAUGAAUGCUGACAGAUUGCUGGUGCUAUUUAAGAAAACUUCUUUUGAUUUUUUGCGAGCAUUUUCAUAUCUUGUGAAAACAAGAUAUCUAGAUGAUUAAACGUAGCGAAGUUUUGUCAAAAAGAUAAAUGGUCAAGCUGCAAUCAUUUCUUUAGUGCCCAUCAAAACGAGAAAAUAGUGAUAAAUUGGUUUCUAAUAAGGCACCAACAUUGGAUUGUAAGGUGGCUAAUAAUCCAUAUGAUACAUAUGUAUGGAUAUCCGUCUUUCAUUUGUUAA